CGUGUGAUGGACAUUAUUAAGAUACAAAACCGAGUAAGGAAAGUUAUAAAUUAAUUGUAAAAAUCUCCAAGGUAUACAGUUAUGGCUUUAAAUUUACCAGACAUCCAAUUCUCCUCUAUUUCCACUCUCUCGUCUAAUUCGCUUAUGUCUUCUAUCGUAGUAUUACGUGGUAGGAACAUACAGACGUUUGGCGUUAUUGAUUUUGCUAAUUUUACAAGUUCUGUGCCUGUUACGGGUUUGAGAUUGUUUAGCUUGAAAGUAUCCAGAUAAUCUAUACCGCCCCAGGGUGGUGAGUAGAAGAUAAUGUCGAUAUCGUAAUCACGUUUAUAGCUGUUAUACCAAUCUAUAUAGUUCAUGUUUAUAAACUUAAUCCUAUCAUCUACGCAGUAUAUCUUUGCAUUGUGCUUUGCCAAUUCAAUUUUGAUAGGAUCUAUGUCGAUUGCUAUCACUUUCUCACAGGUGAAGGCGAAGGCAAUAGCAUUGCCACCCACACCACAGAAUGCGUCUACUAUAACGUUGCAUCUGCAUCUCUCUGCUGUCUGCAUCGCUAUCAACUCAGGCGUGACUGAAUACCAGGAUUCUUCAUCUAAAAGGAUUCCCUGGUCGUAUUGACUGAACAAUCUAUUCCUCUGAUGAUAAUACUUGAGAAGAUGCUCUGGCACUUGUGAUUUAUCUCUGUAAAUAAGUUCUUUAUAUUUGUCUUCCAUUUACAAAUGAAGAGAUCAAGAGAUAGCAGCUUUAAAUCGCCGGCUAUAAAUCAGAUUUCUAAUAAAAAUGUGGAAGCCAGUACAUCUUCACAGUGCUGGUCUGUACAAUGGAGGAAUCCUCAGUUUAAGAAGCAUAAGACCUGGGAUGGUGAUGGCACAUUGACUAUCAGAGGAAAUCAGCUCAUACUGAAGGAUACGAAUAGCAGUGUUAUUGGUAGAUCAUUUGAUAAGAAGAAUAACCAAUACGAAUCAGGUGCUCAGUUUGUUAUCGGCGGUAAGGACGUUGAACUAGAUCAAUUACUCGAUUCAGACACCAAAGAAAACGCCCCAUUACAAACAAAGGGUGUCCCUACUGCUUCAUUUUACACGUCUGUCGCUGCUAGUGCGAAACCAUACAAACCACCGACAAUCAAUCGCACUUUGGAAUCCACGAGCAAACCAGCAUCGAGCCAUCUGGAACAUGAUAAUCUCAAUCAACACUCUGUGACCACGUCUAGUAGUCUAGCAGUCACAAAUCCACGCGUAAUUCCUACUCCCAUAUCAAAAUUCGAUCCAAAUGCACCAGACGCACUCGUUAUGCCACCAAUUUCAACCUAUGUUGCCAAUAAACUCAAUCCAAAGCAAUUCCCACUGGUUGAUGUCGUCCUUGAUCCACAUAUUUCAUCAAAACUUCGUCCUCAUCAGAGAGAAGGUGUUAAAUUCAUGUACGAAGCUGUCAUGGGUAUGCGUGGCCACAAAGGAAACGGCUGUAUUUUGGCAGACGAAAUGGGUCUCGGUAAAACUCUCCAAGUUAUCGCUUUAAUUUGGACCUUACUGAAACAAAAUCCAGUCACAAACUCAGGUCCUGUUAUCGGAAAGGCAAUGAUAGUAUGUCCGGUAUCGCUAGUAAACAAUUGGAAGAAAGAGUUUAGCAAAUGGAUUGGACAGUCAAAGAUUGGCAUCUUCGUUGGUGAUAAAGAUGUCACAGAGAUUAAGAAGUUUCAACAAUCACGUAUUCAUCAAGUUCUCAUCAUUGGCUAUGAGAAGUUAAGAACAGCUGCAGAGGUUCUGAAGUUUUGCCAACCUCAAAUAGGACUAAUAGUUUGUGAUGAAGGUCAUCGCUUGAAAUCAUCUAACAAGACAUCACAAGUGUUUGAAGCAUUUCCUACCCGGCGUCGUAUUAUUUUGUCGGGUACACCUAUUCAGAAUGAUCUUGGUGAAUAUUACUGUAUGACUGAAUUUUGCAACCCUGGUCUACUGGAUACCUAUGCGUCGUUCAAGAAAAAAUAUGAGACUCCUAUUAUGAGGAGUAGAGCACCUAAUUGUAGUAAGGGUGACUUGGAGAUAGGAAGACAACGUUCAGAAGGACUUUCAGCACUCAAUGACCAGUUUGUUUUAAGACGAACAGCUGACAUUCUCGUGAACGUCUUACCACCAAAGACAGAAUUUGUUGUGUUUAUUGCACCUACGAAGCUCCAAUUACGAUUAUAUCAACAAUUAGUGCAGACAUCAAUCGUACAGAAGGUACUGGAUAAAUUGAGUGGUCAACAUUUAGCGCUUAUAGGUAUCUUGAGAAACCUUUGCAACUCUCCAGGUAUACUGUAUAACAUUAUGCAGAAUAAUUCGACGGAUACCCACAAAGAAUUUAAGUUCGACAGUUGCAAAGAACUUUUUCCUGUAAAUGUCAAUCCGAAUGAUUUCAAUCUGAGUGGCAAGCUAAAGGCCUUGGGUAGACUGUUGAAAACUCUCAAGAACCAAACUGAAGAGAAGGUCAUUGUAGUGUCAAACUUCACUACGACUCUAAACUUGAUAGAAACGCAUUGUCGCGUAAACAAAUACAAAUUUUGUAGACUUGAUGGGUCAACUCAGCAGGCUAAGCGACAAGAGAUAGUUGAUAGUUUCAACCGUUCACCUCAAGCUGGUAAAUUCAUUUUCUUACUAUCCACAAAGUCUGGUGGUGUUGGUUUAAACCUUAUUGGAGCUUCACGACUUAUUCUAUUCGAAAGUGAUUGGAAUCCAUCAAAUGAUUUACAAGCCAUGGCGAGAAUACAUAGAGAUGGUCAAACCAGACCAGUAUUUAUAUAUAGAUUCUUGACAACUGGCACGAUAGAUGAAAAGAUAUUUCAAAGACAGUUAACAAAAAUUGGAUUAUCGAAUUCAUUAAUGGGUAAUACAGUUGAGAAGAAGAAUGAAACGGAUUCUUUCACAAUUGAAGAACUAAGAGCGCUAUUUAAAGUUGACGAUGAUACUAUUUGUGGUACUCAUGAUUUACUUGAUUGCAGUUGUAAUGUCGAAAGCCCAUCAGCCAUUACAGAAGUUGAGAACAACGAUGAAAACGAACCACAAGGCUUUAUAAGCGCUAGUCAACAUCAAACUAAACUUUUUGGUGCAUCUAAGAGAGAUAGACAAGCUAAGCUUGCUGCAUUGGAAGGGUGGAACCAUAUUGAUUGCCUUCAAGAAACUCAACUUGAGUCCCUUGCUGACGAUGUGUUGAAAAAAUUGACAAUAUACAAUGAAACAAAGGAAGCGAUAUCAAAUAAUGAUGCAAAUGAUACCAAGAACGCUGCAUAUGCAUCACAUUCAUAUGAAUCUGCUGAAGAUUUCUGUCCUGCAAGUGAUGAAGAAGAGGAAGAAGAGGAAGACGAUGAACCAAAACCUAAAUUACAGAAGAUUGAGCAUCAAUGGACUGAUUUCAGUAUGAAUGAUUUCAUUGGGGAUGAAAACAACGAAGGAAGGGUCACAUAUUUAUUUAAGAAAGUUUCAGGAAGUGUUGUAUAA